UACUCCCUCCCCUCGCUUUUUCACCCUAACUCUGAAGAAAUACCAAACCUGACUACUUGGGACAAACUAAACCACACAAGACUAGUAGUAAACACUGACAAAGUUGUUGAACUAAAAAUAAAAAAAAAUUCAGAGAGAGAGAGAGAUGAAUAAAGGGUGUGCCUUUGUGCCUUGUGGUGGUUAAAGCAAUAUGCAGGUGCCAAAGAAGAUAGAAAAUUUCAGUUGGGUUUGAGCAGAUAGUAGGCUUAGCUAGCUAGUGGCAGUGUUUUCAGGCAGAAGUAGAUAGAUAUAUAGAUAGAUAUAGAUAUAGAGAAGGCAGAAGAAAAGAGGAAAGAGAAAAGAAAAGUGGUAGAGAGAGAAAGGGGGAUAGAGGGAGAGAGAGAAGAUUAUGGUGGGCUCAGGAGCAACAGAUAGGAGCAAAGAAGCUGUUGGGAUGAUGGCCCUUCAUGAGGCCCUCAGAACCAUCUGUCUCAACACUGACUGGACUUACUCUGUUUUCUGGACCAUCCGUCCCCGCCCGAGAGUUAGAGGUGGUACUGGCUGCAAGGUUGGGGAUGACAAUGGUAGCUUGAUGUUGAUGUGGGAAGAUGGGUUUUGUCGAGGAAGAGUUUCAUCAGAUUGUCUGGAAGAAAUUGAUAGAGAAGAUCCUGUCAGAAAGGCCUUCAGCAAAAUGUCCAUUCAGUUGUAUAAUUAUGGAGAAGGGUUGAUGGGGAAGGUUGCAUCUGAUAAGUGCCACAAAUGGGUCUUCAAAGAACCCACAGAGUGUGAGCCAAACAUCUCCAACUACUGGCAAAGUUCAUAUGAUGCUCUUCCUCCUGAGUGGACUGAUCAGUUUGAGUCAGGCAUUCAGACUAUUGCUGUAAUUCAAGCUGGUCAUGGGCUUCUGCAGUUGGGCUCCUGCAAGAUUAUACCGGAAGAUCUGCAUUUUGUGCUAAGAAUGAGGCAUACAUUUGAAUCUCUAGGCUACCAGUCUGGUUUCUACCUCUCCCAACUCUUUUCGUCAAACCGAAACAAUUCUGGAUCAUCAGUACUGCCCUCAAUGCAGUCCCCGAUGCCAAUCCGCUCUCCUCCGCCUCUUUUCAAUUGGGCUCAAAGGCCUCUUCCAUCUGCAGCAACCAUGCAGCUUCCUUCACCUAAUUUUCAAAACUCUGCUGCUAGACUUGGGUACAAUCCUCAAGCCAGUAAAGACGAGACACACAUGUUUUUGCUGCCUCAUACGUCAGAAACACAGAUGGGAGGAGACAUGAUGGGGGGAGGAGGAGGACGAGGAGGAAGAGAGCAUGAAAGUGACAUCAAAUGGCCUAAUGGAUUGUCCUUCUUCAAUGCACUAACGGGGCGGUCUGAUGAUGCAAAGCUUUUGUUCAAUCCAGGGGGCUCGGAAAACAAAGGCGGGGACGAAAAUCACCACCACCAGAACUCGAAUGCAAAUUCAGAUCACAAUGAGUUUUUGAGCUUGGACUGCCAUCUGGAUAGUAGUGCAAGGAAGAACAUGGAAAACAAGUACAAGAGGAGCUUUACUUUACCUGCAAGAAUGGCUUCGUCGUCUUCGAAUUUGGUUGACCACCAUCAGCAUCAACCUGUCGGGUAUCAAAACGCGGAAGCUGGUAUGUACUCUGAUGUCAUGGAGCCAUUCUUAGAGUGAAAUGGGGAGGGCUGUAUUAGAGAGAGGAACAAUGGGUGAAGAGUUGUAUGUAGGCAAAAGCUUUCCGUCUGCUCUGCUGCGUAUACUUCUGUUCUUUGAUUUCAUGCUCUUUAUAUCUUUUGUGUUUUUUUGUUCUCUCAGUUAGCGAGACUUAAUCAGUGAUCAUCAUGUACUUGUAGUUAAUCUAUGAAGAGUUUUCUUCAAUUUUUUUUCUUU